AUGGGUGAUCAGAUCUGGAAAAUAAAGAUUGAACCUUACGACCAAGUACUUGCUUUGACGCAGCACAUGAUCAAUGAAGGUAUCAGCAAUCUAUAUAGACUGCUUGAAGAUGGUAAUGAGAUCGAUGGUGCUGUUAAGCCAAAGCCUGGUAACGCGUAUGCCGACGAAAAUAAUUGGGUCAAGAAUGUCAUCUUUGGCGAGCCUUGUGUCAUUGUUCAGCCAGACUACUCCAAUGUUCGUUCUGUCAAGUUUCGUAUGUGGAUGAAGUCGGGUAAAGCACAGAUCAGGCGUUUUAUCAAGAUGGAUGACGACACGGGUGAGCCUAUCACCGAAAAGCUGCUUCUUGAAAUCGAAGAUUGGCACGUCACAGUUCCAAUUGACGUUGGGUUCGUGGCGUUGGACAAAACGACACCUCGCGGCAAGGCAGUUCUUGAUCGCAGUGCCGCAAAGGGAAAGCCUGACCAUUCUAUAAUGGAGUUCUUGUUGGAUCUGGAGAGCAUGGCUUGGGGAGAUGGGUCUUGGGAGUUCGGUGAGUGGGGGGAGAAUGACUGGAUGAUAGACCAGGAUGGCAAGCAACACCGCCCACCUGGAUGGAAGCUUGGGACCUCUCGAAGCUAUACUGACCUGCACCCUGACUUUCAAAGGACUCUGGAGUUUUGUUUCGGGAAGAUUUCACGUAAUUUGAUGCAUUCGAACUUGCUAUCGAUGGGCUUCGCAGUGAUCGCCCCCAAGGCUAGCCAGCGUGCCACGUUCGAAGUAAACAAUGUCCGUUACAUGACCUAUCCCUGGACAGAUCCCGAGACCAAAACCAGUGCUCCACCAGGUCUCAACGGUAACGGCCGGUUGAACUACUUGCUCUAUCUUGAGACUGUAGGGCAAAACACACCGCCCCCGGACUCGGAGCGAGGUGCGGUACUUGAUACACGUAUGGGUAACUGGACAGACGGCCGAAAGCCUGGGACAGACUCGCCAUCCAAGUUCGGGACCUUUAUCCUGUCUUCCGCAAAUUUCAUGGAAUCCUUCGUCAAUCAAAAGCUGUCAGCCAUCAAUCGCAUCAUGUCUAUGAACAUAGACCAAGUCACAUGCUGGGCAGAUGACCACUUUUUCACUUACGACUGGGAAGUUACUGCUACAUAUUUCGUCGGGCACGAAGACGCCAGCAAGGAUUCGACCACAUAUGCUUUAAAACAGCGAGAAUUCUCCGUCGGGAAAGACUGGCCCCAAACUGCCAAAGAUUUCUUUGAUGCCUAUACAGGUGCACCUGCGGAGGGCUCCAAGGUCUGGAGACACCAGGACACGCAAUGGCGUGAUUCUUCACUUCGUGACUACACCCACAAGGGAACAGUGGAGAUUUGGAUGAGUGGAGAUACAAUGACUCUCGCUAGAGCCUACACAACUGCCGGCUCCAACACUAUUGUAUACGAAGGCCGUCAAUGGACCAGAUUUGAGUUUACAAUCGACCCUAGCUCAGUCGACCCAAAUAUCAAAAAGAAUAUUAUAGCUGAAACCAAAUGGGCCGUUAAAUUCCAGAUGCAAGAGGUCACGGAUGGCGGCUUGCAAUUCCAGGUGGACAUUGAACAACCCACCACAUCCUUCCGGGGAAACUAUGAGUUUCUAGCAAACUUCAGGCAGGGCUUCGAGAAAGGUUACGAGGCCGCUGGCAGAAACUUCGAGUGGUAUAUCAACUCUAUUCGUAACUGCCUACAGGGACAGGAAAGGUUCACGCUUCCGGCAUCCGGUGUUUUCUUCUUCAAGGACCCCCUCAUGAACGCGCAAGGCGAUCUGGUCUGCAGUUUGCAAUACAACGGUAAUCCUCAAGUCGGUCAACCUAUCAACCAUCAUGCAAACGUUGUCCGUGGUUCCAUUCCUCGAGGUGAUUUUAUUAGUUUGCCGGGAAAAAGUAAGAUUGGUGUGGGGGACACAGAAAAGUCAUCUAGGUCCUAG